GAGCGGAGCGGAGCGGGGAGCGGCGCCGAUGGCGUUCAGCGCCUGGCAGAUCCUCUCGCCGGUGCAGUGGGCCCGGUGGACCUGGUCGGCGGUGCGGGGCGGGGGCGGCCCCGAGGAGGGGGACGGCGGGGCCGGGGCGGCCGAGGAGGAGGAGGACGAGGAGGACCAGGACCCUCCGGCGGGGGGCUCGGCCCUCAGCUUCAGCUCGGACUCCACUGAUAAUUUUGAGACCCCUGAAGCAGAAACGCCGACCUGCUCGCCUCUAAAGGAGUUCUGCGAGCCGCCGGGACCACCAGAGCCCGAGGUCGGGACCCCAGAGCCAGGUGACCAUGGGGACCUGCUGGUAGGGGGAGCCUGCCCGGCUGGCUCUCCCAGGAAGCACUCCAAGGAUGAGGCUCAGCCGGAGACCGGAGCCCCUAAAGCCAGCUCAGAUGCUAAAGGGGAAACUGGCCCCGACAGCUCAUCCCUGACACAGCCUCUGGCCGGGCAGGGCUGCAGGGCUGACCCUGGCCACGCUGCCGUGCCCGCUGCAGAGCCAGCCCCGGUGCCCCAUGCGGGCACAGCCACCGGGGAGCGGGUCAUGUCAGGAGGGGACGUGGCAGACGCUGGCACGGGGCUGGUGGAGCUGAGGGCUGAUGGCCUGGCCCAGGAGCAGCUCGGGAAAGGGAAAACACCUUCGCUGGGGAGGAAAACAGAAGAAGCCACAGAGGAGACCCCAGUGCCCCAAGCAUCCUACCAGCUUGACCCCGAGCAGUGCGACGGGAGCGUGAACCCCGCUGUGGCAGGGAACUGCCAGCUGCAGAGCUCUCCCCUGGCAGCCCCAUGCCACCUCCCCCAUCCCAGUGAGCUGGGGGGGGACCCAGCCCCAGAGCCCGCAGGGCAGGUCCCAAAACCUGAGGUUGGUUUUACGGAGGUGGGAGAGAGCACAGAGGCCCGGAGAGCUUCACCCAGGAGGGGCAGCAGGAUCCCGGCCAGCAAGCUGACACCAAAGAGACACCGAGAGCCCCCCAGGAAACCAGCUGAGGAUGCAGAGAGGGGUCCCAUGGAGCCACCACCGCCCCGGGGCUCCCCCCAGCUGGGUCCCCGUCACAACUCCCUCAGUGGCAGCUCAGCACUGCAGAACUUGCCAACUCUCCCAAAGGGCUCUUACCAGUUUGACCCCAAUAACUUUGACUCUGUGGAUCCAUUCAAGCCCACCAAGACACUCGCCAGCACUGCCACCGACUCCUGCUCCACUGCAGAUAACAGCCUCAAUGAAAUCCUCGAGUCUCAGACGCUGGAGGCGCAGGAUGAUCCCCUGAAAGGCAGAGACUCCCCCAAGAAGUCCAAGUCACGCCUGAUAACGACUACUGAGCAAGUGAAAUUUCUCUGUUUUCUGUUGAGUGGCUGCAAGGUGAAGCAGCACGAGGCGAAGCCCCUGGCCCUGGAUGUCAGCGCUCAGGAGGAAGGAGUGCUGAUCUCAGAAAUCCCAGAUAUUGCCAAUAGGGAUGGACAUGCCACUGAUGAGGAGAAGCUGGCCUCCACCACCUCCGGGCAGAAACUGGCUGGGCUGGACAAGAAGGCUGAGCCAGAGGAUGACCUGGAGUACUUCGAGUGCUCGAAUGUCCCCGCGCCCGCGGCGAAGCAGAGACCAGAGGCAGGCUUCGAAAAGGAGAUCUGCAAGCAGAUGGAAAAGGACGGGCCUGGCAUCUUCCCUGACAAUCCCGGGCUGUGCCCCAUGGACAAGUGCCCCAGCAGGAGCGAGGGUCCCCUGGACGGCAUCUGCCUCAGCGAGUCGGAGAAGACGGCCGUGCUGACGCUCAUCAGAGAGGAGAUCAUCACCAAGGAGAUCGAGGCCAACGAGUGGAAGAAGAAAUACGAGGAGAGCCGGCAGGAAGUGCUGGAGAUGAGGAAAAUCGUGGCUGAGUAUGAGAAGACCAUUGCCCAGAUGAUAGAGGACGAGCAGAGGACCAACAUGACAUCUCAGAAGAAUCUGCAGCAGCUCACGAUGGAAAAGGAGCAGGCUCUGGCAGACCUGAACUCAGUGGAGAGGUCCCUGUCGGAUCUGUUCAGGAGAUAUGAAAACCUGAAGGGCGUCCUGGAAGGCUUUAAGAAGAAUGAGGAAGCUCUGAAGAAAUGUGCUCAAGAUUAUCUAACCCGGGUCAAGCAGGAAGAGCAGCGGUAUCAGGCCCUGAAAGUCCAUGCAGAAGAAAAAUUGGACAAAGCCAACGAGGAGAUCGCCCAGGUGCGCACGAAGGCCAAGGCGGAGAGCGCGGCGCUGCACGCGGGGCUGCGCAAGGAGCAGAUGAAGGUGGAGUCCCUGGAGAGAGCCCUCCAGCAGAAGAACCAGGAGAUCGAGGAGCUGACCAAGAUCUGCGACGAGCUGAUAGCGAAGCUGGGGAAGUCAGACUGAGCCCCACCGCCCUCGCCCGGCACUCUGCACUUGGCUGCUUUUCUCGUGACGUCAAGCACCUUGCCUUACCCCCGGGACCCCCCUGCAGCGAAGAACACGUGUCCAGCUGCCCCCCUCAGCUGCUGGAUCCGUGGCUCCCCAGCAGAGCUGCUCCCCUUGCUGUCCCUGUCUGCUUCCCACAGCUCUGGGACUGGGAUCCCUGCAGUCAGGCUGGGAAUCCUGCGGUCAGCCAGGGCCUGUGUGUCCCUCCCAGGGCCUGCUGUGCUGUCCAUCUGCCCCAGUGCCACCUCUCAGCUGGGAGGUGACACCUCAGGCUCUGUCCCCCUUGGCUGGGCUGGGUCUGGUUGUGUCCCCACCACACUCUGUUCACUCACUGUCCUCACGGGCUCAGCUGCACAGGUACAGCCACGUGGUAGGUCCUGCCCUGGGACACGGGUGAUGCCAGGGCUCGCCCUGCUGGCUCUUGCACUGGGAAAGGGGGCCUGGCACACGCAUGGCCGGUCUCUGGUUUGUGGGUGAAGCACAGCACAGCCCGUCCCUGUCCCUGGCCGUGCCAGCCUCAGAGGACGGAGCCAACAUCUCUGCAUUCGUGCACUUUAUGAGCAUUUAUGGGCACUCUCUCAGGCUUUCUGCUCACUCCUUCCAGUCAGGCACAGCCCUCCUGCACGCCUCGGUUCCCCCAGAGCACCAAACAGGCACGUAAGCAGUAGUAACUUCAGUCCUCUCGGUGGAGGGUCCAGGUGAGGGGAGGCAGGGGAGCUGCUGCACCAGGAGGUGUUUGACAAACAGGGGAGAUGUUGGUUCUGGGGAGCUGGGACUGCCUGUCCUCCCCGUGGCCCCUCCCGUGGCUCGUCCUUCCCGUGGGGUUGAACACGGGCAAAGCCAAGGCUGUUGCUGUUGGCUCCGGGUGCCGUGGCGAGGUCAGGGCGCUGCUGUGGAGGCUGCAGGAGGAAGGAAGCAAACCCUGAGCUGCCCCACGGCUCUGCUGACUGAGAGCUUUUCCAGAAGGGCAGAAGGAGCUCAGUGCUGCCCUGGCUCCCACGCUGCUGUCAAAACUGCCCUUACAGCACUGAAUAUUAAGAGAACCCAACAAAACCCAGCCUUUACAGGCACAGGCAGACCCAGACACUAAAAUAGCCUUUGAAAUCUGCCUGGAUGCAGCCCUCCCUGGUGAGUUCUGGCGCUGUUCACGCCAUGCAGUGCCACGUUUCCCUGCCUGCAGUGCCUUGGGAGCAGCACUCGGUGCCCAGCCUCAGGCAGGGGCUGGUGACGUGUGUGUGUGCCAUGGGCCGUGAUCUGGAGUGUGCCAUGGGGCAGGGGGAUCUGUGGGUUGUGGGCACAGCCCCUCGGGGUCAGGGCAGACCCAGCCCAUGCUGCAGGAGGCAGAUGGAUGGGAUCGGGAAGGAGCUGCAGUUGUGGAUUCUCUGCCUUGAACGGGUAGUCCUAAAGUGUGAGAUAAGGGAAAUAUUUGCAGUUUGGACUGUUUCCUGCCCAGCCUGUUGAACACUUUCACAAACCUUUUUGCUGCUACGUUUUUGUAACAGAAUUGAGCUCUUUUCCUUCUAUUUUCUAAUUCCCUGUGUUGAGCAUGCAGAGCAAACACCUGUUUAAGCCAGAGCCAUACACUUGAUUAUAUUUUAUUAGUUAUAUAAUGUAUAGAGAGAGUUUAUUAUACACCUAAGCAAAGCCUGCCCCAGCACACAGCCUCCCAGCCUGCUCUCCAUGCUCCCAGUUAUCCCAGUGAUGGGCUGGUCACUGUGUGAUGGGAAGCCAGUGGCUGACACCACUCGGAGCUGUGCACCUGUGGCUUGUGCUGGAUAUUCACCCAUUGCACAGUUGACAGGAAGAACCUUUCUUUCCCUCUUUUUUCUUCCCCUUUGACCUCCCCACGUGUCCCUCUCCCAGGCUGGUGGAAAAGCCUCAGUCAUACAAUCAGCAAAGACUGUUUCUGUCCCACUUGGGGGGAUCUGAUAAAGCAAAUACCUGAGACCCAGAGAUUUCUUGAGCAGUUGGGGUUUUGUCUUUGCAGCUCUUGAGGAGCUGGAGAGCAGUGUAGCACAACCUCUCAGAGCUGGUGAAAGGCUGGUCCCAGGUAGGGACUGCAGCAGCCUCCUGCCCUGCUCAGGGCCGUGAUGCUCGUGUGCUGGCUUGGCUCCACGUGUGAGGUUGUCUGAGGUUGGUCUCUCCUCGGGGUGCUGCUCUGGCCCUCGUGGCUGGCACGGAGUUGCAGAAGUUUGGGUUUCACCACCCGGCACUUCCCCAGAGCCCUGACCUGCGCACGGUGUGGUCACUGCUGCAUCCUUCCCCUCCGAGCUGUCUGCAGAGCACGGCUCCACGGUGAUCACCCCCAGGGCAGAGCCCUCCACCCCUCCUGUCCUGUCCCUGCUCCCCCAUGUCACCCGGUCCCUCCACGCUGCCUCCCUCACCUGGCGCUGUCCGACCCUGGGCCUGUCCGCUUGCACCCCAGUCUGGGCCAAGAAGAUUCCUAAGGAAUGAUUUAUCAACUAUAAUAUGGUUAUAGUUACAUAUAUAUAAAUACAUACAUAAUGGCUAUAGUGCUAUAAAAUAGAAGGUGUGUGCUUGCAGAGGGGCAGGACUGUUGUGUCUCUCGUGCUGAAGUGCCAACACUGUGGCAUCCCCAUGGCCAGCAUGGGAACAGCCGGUCCCCCUGCAGGGCGUCCCAGCCUGGGUGUGUCUGUCCUGUGAUCCUUGCAGUAGAGUUUAAAUGCCCCUUUCUGGCAGUGACAGGCCCUGCCCGUGUUGCUACUUGCAGUGUGCAUUUGCCAGCAGAUCUGUCUGUAAUGAAGUGCCAACCCCCCAACCACUGACAGCUUCCCCCGUCCCCCCAGUGUGAUUCCCCAGGCAGGACCUUCCUCUGCUCUGACUCUGCUUCGUGCCAUGCGUGUAACUGCCAUCGCCAUCAGUUUUAUAUGUAUGAUAAUUUCCCUUUUAUAUGUCAGGUAAAUAUUUGUAAGAGUUAUACUCACACAAAUGAGAUUAUUAUAAUGAUUACUAAUAUAUUUUUUUUCCCAUGUUUCAUUGCCUGAGUAAAAAUUGUGUUUAUCACUCUU